AUGCCCCCCGCGCCUGCCGCCCCGUGCUGGCUGCAGCUCCCGUUGCUGCUGCUGUUGCUGCUGCUGCUGCUAUCUCCGCUGGCCCGCUGCGCCCCAGCCCCACACCGCCUCGGGGCGCCAGCCGCUGAACUAGUAGUGCCCACGCGGUGGCCAGCCAACGAGGGCAAACUGGCGCUCCACCUGUCCGCCUUCGGCAGGGGCUUCGUGCUGCGCCUGGAGCCCGACGCCAGUUUUCUGGCGCCGGACUUCAAGAUCCAGCACCUCGGGGCGCCAAGCGGACCGGCAGGCGGCGAGGCUCAGCUGCGCGGCUGCUUCUUCUCUGGCACCGUGGAUGGCGAGCCCGGGUCGCUAGCGGCCUUCAGCCUGUGCCGCGGCCUGAGCGGCUCCUUCCUGCUGGCGGGCGAGGAGUUCACCAUCCAACCGCAGGGCGCUGGGCACUCGCUCAGCCAGCCACACCGCCUGCAGCGCUGGGGGCCCCGCACUUCCGACGUCUAUCCAGGCCCUCAGGUCCCAGAGUGGGAGGUAGAGAGGGGAGAAGGGCAGAGGCCAGGGAGGGAAGACGACGAGGCUGAGAAGCAAGAGGAGGAGGAGAGAAGUGAAGAAGAGGCAGAUGGAGGCAGCGAACUCCCACCCCUCCUGGGGGCCACGAGCAGGACCAGACGAUUUGUGUCCGAGGCUCGCUUCGUGGAGACGUUGCUAGUGGCCGAUGCGUCCAUGGCUGCCUUCUAUGGGGACGACCUACAGAACCACAUCCUGACGCUGAUGUCUGUGGCAGCCCGAAUCUACAAGCACCCCAGUAUCAGGAAUGCCAUCAACCUGAUGGUGGUGAAAGUGCUGAUAGUGGAAGAUGAAAAGUGGGGUCCAGAAGUGUCCGACAACGGGGGGCUUACCCUGCGCAACUUCUGCAGCUGGCAACGGCAUUUUAACAAGCCCAGCGACCGUCACCCAGAGCACUACGACACAGCCAUCCUGCUUACCAGACAGAACUUCUGUGGGAAGGAAGGCAUGUGUGACACCCUGGGUGUGGCUGAUAUUGGCACAAUCUGUGACCCCAACAAGAGCUGCUCUGUGAUCGAGGACGAGGGACUCCAGGCAGCCUACACGCUGGCCCACGAGCUAGGCCAUGUUCUCAGCAUGCCCCAUGAUGACUCCAAACCCUGUGAGCGGCUCUUCGGACCCAUGGACAAGCACCACAUGAUGGCUCCACUCUUCGUGCACCUCAACAAGACACUUCCUUGGUCUCCCUGCAGUGCCAUGUACAUCACAGAGUUCCUGGACAACGGUCAUGGAGACUGCCUUCUGGAUGCCCCCACCUCAGCACUGCCCCUCCCAACAGACCUACCGGGCCACAGGACUCUCUAUACACUAGACCAACAGUGCAAGCAGAUCUUUGGGCCUGACUUCCGCCACUGCCCCAACACCUCUGUACAGGACAUCUGUGCCCAGCUCUGGUGCCAUGUUGAGGGCACUGAACCCCUGUGCCACACCAAGAAUGGCAGUCUGCCCUGGGUGGAUGGGACGCCUUGUGGUCCCGCACACCGCUGCUGGGAAGGCAGCUGUCUGCCAAAGGAAGAAGUAGAGAGGACCGAGGCUGUGGUGGAUGGAGCCUGGGCCCCGUGGGGACCCUGGGGAGAGUGUUCCCGCACCUGCGGAGGAGGAGUUCGGUUUUCAUACCGUGAGUGCAAGGACCCUGAGCCUCAGAAUGGAGGAAGAUACUGUCUGGGUCGAAGAGCUAGGUACCAGUCAUGCCACACAGAGGAAUGCCCACCUGAUGGGAAAAGCUUCAGGGAGCAGCAGUGUGAGAAGUACAAUGCCUACAAUUACACUGACAUGGAUGGGAACUUCCUGCAGUGGGUCCCCAAGUAUGCGGGGGUGUCACCCCGGGACCGUUGCAAGCUGUUCUGCCGAGCCCGAGGGAGAAGCGAGUUCAAAGUGUUUGAGGCCAAAGUGAUCGACGGCACCCUCUGUGGGCCAGAGACACUGGCCAUCUGUGUCCGUGGCCAAUGUGUCAAAGCUGGCUGUGACCACGUGGUGGACUCACCCAGGAAGCUGGACAAGUGCGGGGUGUGUGGAGGCAAAGGCAACUCAUGCAGGAAGAUCACUGGUUCACUCAACCCCUCCAAUUAUGGCUAUAAUGACAUCGUCACCAUCCCAGCUGGUGCCACCAACAUUGACGUGAAACAACGGAGCCUCCCGGGGGUGCAGAAUGAUGGCAGCUACCUGGCGUUGAAGACCUCCGAUGGGCAAUACUUACUCAAUGGAAAUCUGGCAAUCUCUGCCAUGGAACAAGACAUCUCAGUUAAGGGGACCAUUCUAAAGUACAGUGGCUCCUUUGCCACCCUGGAGAGAUUGCAGAGCUUCAGACCCCUGCCUGAACCUCUGACCGUCCAGCUCCUGACUGUUCCUGGUGAGGUCUUUCCCCCCAAAGUCAAGUAUACCUUCUUUGUUCCUAAUGACGUAAACUUCAGCAUGCAGAGCACCAGGGAGAGAGCCACCACCAACAUUAUCCAGCCCCUGCUCAAUGCACAGUGGGUCCUGGGGGAGUGGUCAGAGUGUUCCAGGACCUGUGGGGCUGGCUGGCAGCGGCGGACUGUGGAAUGCUGGGACCCUACGGGCCAGGUCUCAGCUACUUGCAACAAGGCUCUGAAACCUGAGGAUGCCAAGCCCUGUGGAAACCAACCAUGCCCCCUGUGA